AACAUUGGAUUGCUUCCGUUCCCCCAUCUGGUCACACUGGACAGCAACAAAAGAUUUAAACUACGCAUUAAGCUUGUGCGUAGGAACGAAUCGUGUUUAAUUUUAGUAACUAGCCAGUCGCUUCGGGAGAAGCAUUAAACAAAGUUGCAAUAUUUCGGAGCUCCAGUAGUUGGCUUCAGUCCGGAACAAUUAGUUAUAGUCAAAUCGAGUGCAGCGGCGGAGAAACAGCGCCAAAAGAAAAGUAAAACGCAUUUUCCUUCGCAUACAUAAACAGCAAAACCGAAUACACAAACACAGGCAGACAUACGGAAGGGCCAAAAAACUUGGUCAAACUAACGACAGAAUAAUAUAUAUAGUUUAACUUUAAAGCAAGUUAAUAGGCAAUAAACCCAAGUUAUCUUUGGUGUUGACGUGUUGAACACACAUACCGAUAAACAAAAACAAAAUGUCUACGACACCAAAAUCAAGCGAAGAUUUGCUGGGCGAAUCUUGGAUCGAACUGAGCACAACAGCUGCGAUGGCUGGCAUCAAGAGCCCCGACAGAAUCACUCCGUUGCCAUUCAACAAUGGCGAGGAGUACCUGAGACUUCUGCGUGAGGCCCAGCGCGAGUCGAACCAGUCGAGCCGUGUCGUCUCCUUGGCCAGCUCCCGUCGUGAUACGCCCCGUGAUAGCCCCAAAAGUCCACCGAACAGCCCCCAGUCGGAGCUCUGCCCGGACGAUGAGCUCAGAAACGUGUACAUCAACUACUGGAACAAGGGAGGAGACAAACAGAAUGCAGACAGUGGAGAUUGGCUAAAGAACUGGAAUCGCAAUGCCGAGGAGCAGCCACCCAAAAACUGGAAUUUCGAGGCUGUGAGCGGUGAUGCAGGCGACGAGGAAGAGAAAAAGAAGACUAACACAGGCUACUCCAUCCGCUUGAAGCGACUGGGCUCCAACUCGUUGUUCUCCCGCGAAAUUCUGUACUCGCUGCUGGUAACCAACGUCCUGUCCCUGCUGCUGGGAGCUGGCUUCGGAUUAUGGUUGAGCAAGCGGGGCAUACUCCUUACCCGUGUGGUCAUUGACUGAAAGAUGCCAUAAUCAAAGAAGAGGAACAGAAAAUAUAUAAUCGUUUUCAAUCUAUUAAUAUGCACAUCAAUCGAAAACAGAACACGAUGCGUUCCAUAUAAGAAAUCGAAGUAUACACAUCUAUACAGCCAACCGUA